AUGGCCUCCAUGUCGCGAAUCGUUGGUGCUUUGAUCGCUUUUCUAGUCGCUCGCUUCAUUCUCAGAGCCAUUUAUCGAGUCUAUUUCCAUCCUCUCAGCAAAUACCCGGGGCCCAAGCUCUAUGCCGCAACCCGUAUUCCCAUGCUCAUAUCCAUCUUGAAUGGCUCACGCGAAAAGGUCUAUGCAGACUUGCACCGGAAGUAUGGGCCUAUAGUUCGACUGAGUCACGACGAACUGAUCUUUAUUGACCCUGAUGCAUGGAAAGACAUCUACGGCCAUGGCACCAGAGCAACUCCAGGAAAACAACCCUUCAAAGACCUGACUCGAUAUGGAAAACUGCCAAACAACACGCCCAGCAUCCUCAUUACACCCGAGGAAGACCACGCUCGCAUCCGCAAAAUCUUUACGCCUGCGUUUUCCGACCGCGCGCUCAAGCAGCAAGAGCCCCUCUUCCUCAAAUACAUCAACAAGCUCAUGAGCCGGCUUCGCGAGAGCGUGCAACAGAAGCCCAGCGGGAAACUCGACCUGGUCCAACUCUUCAACUUCACCACCUUCGACAUCAUGGGCGACCUGACGUUUGGCGAGUCGCUGCACAUGCUGGAUACCGCCGAGUACGAUCCGUGGGUCAGUUCGAUAUUCAAGAACCUCAAGAACAUCACUUGCCUCAGCGUGCUGCGGUACUACCCCUUGGUCCUGUACCUCUUCCGCACAUACGCCCCGCCCUCCGUCAACAAGAAGGAAACAGAGCACUUCAACCACUCAGCCACGCGCGUAACCAAGCGCCUCGAAAAGGGCACCAAAAACGAGGGCGUGGAUAUCUGGGACCUGGUGCUGAAGCAAAAAGAAGGCAAAGGGCUCAGCCGCUCGGAAAUGGAUUCCAACGCCUCGCUCUUCAUGAUUGCAGGCACCGAAACUACAGCUACCCUCCUCUCGGGCCUCACGUACCUGCUCAUGGCUAACCCGGCUUGCAUGCAGCAGCUCAACUCCGAGAUCAGGACGAGCUUUGAUUCCGACGACGACAUGACCAUGGAGCGCCUCGCUGCGCUGCCCUACCUCAACGCUUGCAUCAAGGAAGCUUUCAGAUACUACCCGCCCGUCCCCAUCAGCCUGCCGCGCCGCGUCCCCGCCGAAGGCAGCACUGUCGCAGGCAACUUUGUGCCGCCGGGCUCCAUCGUCGGCAUCCCCCAGCGCGCCAUGUACACGAGCGAAACGAAUUUCAAGCGCGCGACCGAAUUCCUGCCGCAGCGCUGGCUCGGAGACGCCGAGUUCGAGGCAGAUGCUAAGCACUGUCUGCAGCCGUUUUCCGUGGGAAAUAGGGAUUGUGUUGGGAAGAACAUGGCAUAUCACGAGAUCCGGCUGGUGGCCGCAAAACUCUACUUCAACUUUGAUCUGGCGCUGUGCCCCGAGAGCGCAGACUGGAUCGAGCAGAAGACAUAUGUGCUGUGGGAGAAGAAGCCGCUCAUGUGUCAAUUGAGGGCUGCGAGUAAAUAA